AUGAGAAUCGCAACGAGUCUGAAACUCAACCGAUCAGAGCCCGAUGACCUCUCCGUCGAACCACCUCUCUCAAACAUCUGCCGACGCGCUCCCCACAAGGUCCUCGUGCUGUCCUUCAUGGAGGACCUCUCACUCUUCGCCAUGCUGACCAUCACCGCCAACGCCCUCGCCCUCGCAAAGGACGACCUCGCUAUCAACCUCACCAUAGGCCCUCGCCUCCCACGCCCACUACGCCUGGGGCGGCUCCGCGUUCCGGGCCGAGCGCGAUAG